AUGUCUGGUUUAGACUUGUCUGGUUUGGACUUGUCUGGUUUGGACUUGUCUGAUUUGGACUGGUCUGAUUUCGACUGGUCUGGGUCCGGCACGACGGGAGCGGGCUGUCUGAGAUCUGCGGGAAGCGAAACGAACAACGCCCACCGCAGCGGCGUCCGUGUGACGCUACGACAGAUUGCGGUGUUCCAGCACUCCGUUCAGGAUCACCUGCCUCCCGCCCGACCCGUUGAAAAUAACAACCACACGGACGUGCCGCCAGCUGCACCACCCAAGACUGACUUGAAAAGUUCGAAUCCGGACACCACCAACCUUCGUCACAUUACCUCAUCAGCCAAAGUCGGCGAGCUACGACGCCAACCAGAUCCAAGUUACGAUGAGCACGCCAUCAAGGCUCAGGUUCAAGACCAGCGCGCAAAAUCCAAUGGCGACCUUUUACGUAAUCACGCCAGUGUCCAAGAUUCCAAUCAGAGCAGUGAGAACCUCCGACUCAAACAAGCUAACGGACACAGCCUAGUGAGCGUGCUAAGGGGACAGCUACAUCUGCACGACCACCAGACCAGUGAUCAUCCGCAUGACACGCAUGACCACCACCACCAUCACCACCAUCACCAUAUGACUCGGCGCGAAGUGCGAACCGCCAAGACCCUCUUCUCAGUCGUGAUCUUCUUCAUGAUAUGCUGGUUCCCGCUGUACACCCUCAAUUGCGUGAAGGCCUUCUGUGCACAUUGCGAUCCUCCCCAGUGGGUCUUCGAUUCGCUCAUCAUUCUGUCACACCUGAACUCUGCGCUGAAUCCCUUCCUGUACGCCUACCGGAUGAAGGACUUCAGGGAGGCCCUUCAGAGGCUUCUCAGGUGCAAGCAUCCGGCUCCACUCACGGACGUCCGCACGCUGUGCCACAGGAACGGAAGGUCCCCGGAAAACCACGCCGCAGAUGACCCUCCCGGCAGAGUGGCAGUUACGGUUGUUGCUACACAGGCGUGUUGACCAUAAAGUGUAGUGACAUCCUCCUGCGGGUCGAACUUUGUUCACAAACUUACGUGAAGGCAGGAAGACCAUCUGCGACGGGCCAUGAUGCUGCAUCACUCCUCUCUACAUGUGUGGUGCAUUUUUUAUUGGUGCACAGUCGAUCAUCUCAGGCUACGUUCGUCAUCAAAACAAUGAAGCAGCACAAGCGGAACGUCACGGGGAAAAGUGCGCGUAAACUCGUAAAUUAGGUGGACAAGUCUCCCAGAAAUCAUCAGAAGUGUUGUAUUGCAUUUGCUUGUGCUAUCGACGGAGGAUGUAACCUGUGUUGUGUAUGUGUACGAUGUGUAACAAUCAAGAAGUGAUUUGUGUGCGUGUUGUGUUUGUUGUGCGUGUGACUUAAAGUUGUUGGUGUUCACAAUGUGCAACAAUGUAGAAAGCCCUGGAAGGAAACGGGUAUAAGAGAGCGACAAAAUGAUGUAUCCAGAAUUAAGUAUUUACCAAAGUCGUGUAAGCGUUUAUUCCUCUUGAAUUCUAUUCAGCUCUCAGCUAAUCGUGAGAUGUGCCUAAUCAGGACUUUUUGGAGGUUGUCGCUCUUAAAUGAUGCUCAAGGUCACGCAGUAUUGGACACCACAGAGAUCAAAGUAAGGAAGAUUACAUCGUAAUAAUAACAUCUGCUAUUGUUCUAGACUGUCGAUUAGAAUUCGUGUACAAAAUUGCGAAGUUGCUGAAUUCCAAGUUUUAUUUAUUUCCAUAAGUGUUCACGUUUUUGUGCCUGUAUAAACAUUGAAGUAACACUUAUUGUUAUAGAUGUGUUUCUUCGUAUUGAUCUCCAAAUCACCAAAUUAUCAAUAGCCUUACGCAACAUGAUUUGAAAGCAAGACAUAGUCUGGAAGCCUCAGACCGAAAGUCGACGUUUCGCUAAGUAACGAAGGUUCCAUCCUGUGUUAUUUGUGUAAACGACAUUCCUCUGGCAGCUAUAUUCAGCUAUAUAUUUUCCCCAAUACAAAGACGUCUAAUGUUUAGUAAAGCAUACCUACUGAAUCGGCCUCCCAAGAGUUUUCGAAGCAGCAUUGACCUGUCAGUCAGAGCAUACAACACUUCAGAUUGAAUUCAACUCCUACUUAAUUAAAUCCAUCUGAAUGUUCUUAUGUUCAUGUGAAUUAUGGUGUUAUGUCCUUCAACGGCCUUCUCAAAUGCUGAAAAAUCAGAGUCGGUUGGCAAUGCUUCAAAUAAGUUUUCUUUUCAACGACAUUUCAGAGUCGUGAGAAAUA